AGACAAGCCUAUUGCACUAAGUUCUGUCUGAUAGUCAUGAUCGCCGCCUAAAAAUCCACAAAUGACUCCAGCUCACCGAUGCUCUCUAGGCUUGUCUCUUCAGCCACCUGCUCACCCGUCAUCUCUCAUUGGGCAGCCCCUGUGAAUCCCCCUCAUCUUCAACCCACGCCGCGCUCAUCAUCUCUGCACAUGAAACACCUUGACCGCCUCACGACCGCACAUCUUGCCUACACAUCUCAAUGUCGCGGGCAAUCGAAGAUGAUCACCUCCUUGAAUUGAAAAGAGGACCUGUUUUUCACUUCCACUUAAUACCCCGUACAUCGCCCCUCAUGCCAAGUAUCGAGCAAUCGUCAUUGACACAAACCUGAUCCGGAUCGCCCCUCAUUGAUAGCGCUGCAAGUCAAACUCUCUUGCAUCGCAUCUCGUCCAAUCACCAGCACUACACGAAUGUCUUACCACGCAGUACUUGUACUCUGGAC